AUGAAUCGACCUGCUCAACAUUACAUAAUAAAAUCAGGUUCCGCCGUGGUUGUAGCCCUGGACGAUGACAGCCAGGCCCAGCACGCUGCACUGAGGGAGACGGAGGCAGAGACGCGAGCCGUCCUCUCCGGGUCCAAGCGUGGGCAUGGGGAGGUCGACGCCGCGCCCGAGUCCCAACCGGUCCCCAAGACGGAGGCCGAUUACAGGACGGCCGUGAUGCAGGCAGCAGCAGCGCUCGAGAAGUCGGCAGGGUCAGUCGCUCCAGAGCCAGAGGCUCCCCAGCGUGGCGCCGGCGACUGGCAGCACUACCAGCCCCCCAGCGCUGUGCUACAGGCCGUCAAGGAGGCCAAGACCGCCCGCGCUCUCCCCCCUGCGCUGGCCGCUCGGCUGGCGGCCCGCGGCAUCGUGCAGCGGAAGGAUGACACAGGGGGCCCCGCCACGAGCAGCACCGCGCCUGCCGCCGCCGCAGGUGCAGCAGGGGCCGCGCCGGGCGGCGGGCCGGUGUCGAGCCUGCCGCCGGGCUGGUACAGCGCCGUGGACGCCACUUACAACACCGUCUACUACUACAACCUGGGCACGGGGGAGCGCAGCUGGGAGAGGCCGGCGGUCCGGCCCCGGCUGCCGCCGGGGUGGGAGGAGGCGCGCGACCCCACCUCCGGAAAGGUGUACUACUUCAAUGCUGCGGCGGGGCUAACGCAGUGGGAGCACCCGGGCACGGCGGGAGCAGUGGCACAGGCGAGCACCGGCGCAGGCCCGCAGCAGCUCGUUCCCCAAAUCAACAGCUACCAGCCCGGCCAGGGCAGGCAGCCCCUCGACCCCACCUCUGCUGGGAGGCACAGGCUGCAGCUCCGCCUCGACCUGUUUGGCCUCUCUGAGCGCCCUGUGGUGGGCGACGGCGCCUGCCAGUUCAGGGCCCUCGCAGACCAGUUGUACGGGUCCCAGGAUGCGCAUGCGCUGGUGCGGGAGUCGGUGGUAGCCCAGCUGCGCCGCCAGCCGGGGAUGUACCAGGAGUAUGUGCCGCAGGAGUACCGCGGGUACUGCGAUGACAUGGCCCAGCCCCAGGCCUGGGGCGACCAUGUGACCCUGCAGGCCGCCGCCGACUGCCUGGGCCUGCGCAUCGCACUGGUCACUUCCUUCCCGGACACCGCCUUUCUUGAGAUCGCGCCGCGGGGGGUUUUGAGGAGCUCGCGCGUGCUGUGGCUCAGCUUCUGGGCGGAGGUGCACUACAACAGCAUCUACCCCAAGGGGGAGGCCCCCGCGCUGUUCAUGGGCCCCAGUGCUAUGCCGAUGUCCCAGCCAGGAAGGUCACAGGCAAAGUUCCUGGGCAGCAAGAGGCUCCACCACCUGCUGAUAGGCUGA